CCCCUUACCUAUCAAAGCACCUCAGACAUGCAGGAGGAAGAAACAUACACCUCUCUUCAGUGGGAUGAUACAACACCAAACCCUUACCAGAAACAUCUGUCUUCCACCAAAAAUUCAGGAACAUGGUGUCUUGUGACGGGGGUUUUAUGUAUCUUCCGCAUAGGCUCAUUAGCAACCGCCAUUUUCUUGGGUGUCAAGUUGUUCCAGGGGUCCACUACUGCAAUGAAGCAGCAAGAAAAACUCAUCCAACAGGACAGAGUACGGCUCAACUUCACACAGUGGAAGAGAAACCAUGGCCUGCAGAUGAAAUAUUGCCAAAUGUUGAUGCAGAAGUCUUUCAGUUCAGCCCGUAACUGCAGCCCUUGUCCAGACAACUGGAUUCUCAAUGGAGAAAGUUGUUACCAUGUCUUUGAAAACUGGACAAUUUGGUGCACCAGAAGAGAGGAUUGUUUGAAGGAGGGAUCUAAGCUUCUACAUAGCAAAGAAGAAAUGGACUUUAUCACUGGCAGCCUGAGAAAGAUCAAAAGAAACUAUGAUUACUGGGUGGGACUGUCUCAGGAUGGGUCCAGCCAACCCUGGCUUUGGCAAGAUGGCUCCUCUCCUUCCCCUGAUCUGUCACCAAUACAGGGACCCCAAUCAACUAACCAGGUCUGUGGAUACCUCAGAAACAACGGCCUUUCUUCGGCUAACUGCAGCAUUUGGAAAUAUUUCAUCUGUGAGAAAUACGCAUUAAGAUCUUCUACCUGAAAGAAAUUUUGCUUGAAGUGAUUUUGCUCCAUUACGGUAAUACCUGCAACAGAUCAUUGGAAAACCUGUAACAAUGAGUUUAAGAGCCAGCGCAGAAGUAAACCAGUGCAAGCGUUGUGAAACCAGCUACCUGAGACACAAAACCUAUCUUGCAUUUGCACUUGGUAAUAUCUCUCAACAUUUUCCAGAUGUUCCUUUGACAUUGUUCAAAUUAAUUACCAAGAAUAAAAUUGGUUUAGAGCAACAGAGGACAAAACCCUAAAGAGUGGAAAACAAGCUGAAGAAAAAUCAUUUCUAUUUGUCAUUUUUUUCUUCCUCUCUCUCUCUCUCUCUCUCUCUUUUUAAUUUAGAGUGACUGUGAACUCCACAGAAAAAUCUAUAAGUCACUGGGGAGAUGAUGCAGUUUUAGCUGACUGAUACUCUUUUUAAUAAAUAAAUAAAUGUGAUCUUUUAAACUCACUGUUUGCCAGAUCUUUCUGUGCAUUUGCUGGGUUUCCAAAUGGAAACCAGCAUUAUGUUAUGUUAUUGGACCAGUAGGAUGGGAGGACAGAGAUAUGGAUUUUCAAAUUGGAAGGAAGACAGGCUGCUCUCUGCUGCCUGUAAGACGAUACCAUUUUUAGGACUGCAGAAUUCUGCUGGAGAGAUGAACAACCAGAGCUACACGUAAGUGGAAGGAAUAGUCAGGCUGCCAAUAUCAGCGUGUCUCCAGUAAAGAAGAGCUGCGAGCUUCCUUCCUCCCCUCACUGACCAUCCCCACCACUCGCAAAUCAAAACACUCAUGAUAUGGAUCCUCAAGGUUAACACUCCAGCACUUUGAACUACAUCUCUCUGUGCCUCAACGUCCUCCUUGAAAAACGAUAAUAGAACUUGCUUCAAAAUAUUGUUUGAGAACUAAAUUAUUAAUAUAUGUAAACUUGCUGACAACUCUAUCUGUUCUUGCUCUGGUUACCUGGAGCAUCAGUCAUCUCUAGGCAUCAACCUCAUUUCUGUAUUCCAGAUAAAAAUGACCCCUUUACUGCUCAUGUUAUAAGAAUAUUGAGAAGAUAAAGUUUAUGGGUAAAUUGUCACCAUGUAUCUGGAGAGAAUAUCUGUCUUAAAGCCAAUAAAUCUAUAGACAAUCUCUGUCCUAGGUCUGCGGACUCCUUGAAGCAUGGACUAGCUUGUUCCCCACCAACAAUGGAUGUGAAAGUGUCUUAUGACUUACAGAAAGGAAAAUUUCACUAAUUAUUAUUACAUUACUUUUCUACCACUUACCUACCAUCCCUAGAACAACACCUUACCAUUCAGCAGAUUCUCAUCAAAUAUAUAUUAAAUUCAAUAUAAU